AUGGAGCUCUCCGACAUCUUCCGAAUUGUUAACUUGGUCGUUGCGGUCAUCACCGUGCUCGGUGGUAUCGCUGAAAUCUUCUUCUUCAAGCUGCAACCGAUUAUCCUCGGCGCUUAUAUGAUUGUGUUCGGUCUUGCUAUUGCCCUGCUCGAAUUCCAAAUCCCUCCUCAGGUGUCCCGAUACGCCAACUUUCUCUUCUCCUUCAUUGGAAGAGGCAUCUUCUACAUCCUUCUUGGUGGCCUCCUCCUCGGUGAGAAGGUCCUCAGCAACAUUGCCGGUGGCAUUGUAUGCGUCGUUGGUCUCGGUUACAUUGUCCUCGAAUUCAUCCCCUCGAUCGAGCCACCUAGCAACAUGCGCGAAGCCGAUGCCGGCUGGGGCGCCGAGCAGGUCUAA